GUCCUAGGUCAUCAGGAGGUAUCAGCCAAUCGUGAAGAAUAAACUUUACUACUUCACCAUGGAGACAGCCUCAAUGGCUCUGCCCAUGCCGUCGCAGACGCUAUAAUGACUCAGAUUCAAAACUUAGUCCUCUAUCUAUAUCUACGGUGUUGUGAGUUGAACCAAGGAAGUGACGUUGCCACGGAAGAGCAUGGACCGAUUCGGUUUAUGUAUUUACAGAAGAGUGCUCUAACCGAGUGCAUUUACGUAGAGCCCACUACCUACACGCUGGUUACUGACAAACCGAAGGCGACUAGUCAUGACGCCGUUGUCACUGUACUUGUGUAGUCUGUUAAAAAAUAAUAAGUUGUUAAUUUGCUACAACUACAUACAUACGCACGGAACACCACUUCACCUCGUCGAUCGGGUGGCGCGGAAGACUCGACUCGCUCGGUUAUUGGAUAUGAAUUUCCGUGCAGUGUUCCGUGGUAGGGUCACUGGGAAGGUUUUGGCGCAACAAUCCGGUGCCAAAAUCUAUAGGGAGGCUACUAUGUGUACCAGUUCCGCAAGUGGCCAGGACAUGACCAACUGGUUAUGGUCUAUUUACAACGAAACCAAAAAACAGACCGAAGCCUUGAUCCCAGUGAUAUCUAAGAACAGUGUGAACCCCAACACUAUCUUUGCCAAUAAUGAGAUGAGUCUGCACGAUAUAGAGAUCUAUGGGUUUGACUAUGACUACACCCUGGCUUUCUACUCCAGACACCUCCACACCCUCAUCUUCAACAUCGCACGGGACAUCCUCAUCCAGGAGCACAGGUACCCCGAGGGCCUGCGUGAGUACGAGUACAUCCCAAACUUUGUUGUCAGGGGACUGCACUAUGAUGUCCAAAAGGCAUUACUGAUGAAGAUAGAUGCCUUUCACUACAUCCAGUUGGGAACAGUAUACAGGGGUCUUCACCCGGUGCCAGACAAGGAGGUGAUUGCCAUGUACGACGGCUGCCACGUUCCUCUGGAGAAUAUGAGUGACUUUUAUGGCAAGAGUUCCCAUGGCCACACUAUGAAACAGUUCAUGGAUAUCUUCUCCCUUCCAGAGAUGAACCUACUGUGCUGUGUUAAUGACUACUUUAUGAAGCACAACAUCGACUACGAGCCUGUCCACCUCUACAAAGACGUCAAGGCAGCGAUAGGAGAUGUCCAUAUGAAGGGUCUUAUGUAUCGAGCUGUGGAGGCAGAUAUGGAGAACUAUAUUUCCUAUGGGGAACAGACUCACGCUGUGUUGAAGAAGCUCUAUGAGGAUGGCAAGAAGAUGUUCCUCAUCACCAACAGCCCCUUUGACUUUGUGGACCGGGGAAUGAACUACAUCGUGGGGAAGGACUGGAGAGAUUUGUUUGAUAUUGUCAUUGUGCAGGCCGACAAACCAGGCUUCUUCAACGACAGGAGGAAGCCCUUCAGACGAGUAACAGAUAAAGGGGUGCUGCAUUGGGACAGGAUUCACAAGCUGGAGAAGGGGAAGAUCUACAAACAGGGAAACCUAUAUGAGUUCCUGAGACUCACUGGUUGGAGGGGGUCCAAGGUGCUGUACUUCGGAGAUCACAUUUACAGUGACCUGGCUGACCUGACUCUGAAGCACGGCUGGAGGACAGGAGCCAUCAUCCCAGAGCUGAGGAAGGAGAUCAAGAUCAUGAACACUGAGCAAUACGUCCACCUGAUGACCUGGCUACAGGGCCUGACUGGACUCAUAGAGCACAUGCAGGUCCACAGAGACCCAGCGUCGCAAUCUGUUGUCCAGGAAUGGAUCAAAGAGAGAGAAGCCAUGAGAUCGCAGACUAAGGACAUCUUCAACAGCCAGUUUGGGAGUCUCUUUCGAACGUACCACAACCCCACCUACUUCUCCCGCCGCUUGUCUCGUUUCGCUGACAUCUACAUGGCCUCCCUCAGCUGUCUGCUGAACUAUGACUUCCAGCACACCUUCUUCCCUCGCCGCACCCCCCUGCAGCACGAGUCACCCUUCUGGCCCGAACAGACCAGCGCCGGAGCCCUGAAGAUGCCCUUCAUACCCCACAGGACCACCACUGAAGAGUAGAGGGAGGUAGGGAUCAGUGUAACACCCCAUCCGGACCUGCUCAAAGUAGAGGGGCACGGGUUUCAUUGCGACACACUCCGCCCGGACCUGGUCUGGACACAGAGCUCUCUGUGGGCCCUAUUCAGAGUUGAAUAGUGUGCACAACUCAGUUUUGCGCCGAUCAUUCAUUCAUUCGUGUAAAUUGGAGACUGCCACAAAAUUGUAAGUUAAGUGCGUUGUCUUCAAGUCAGAAUACUGUCCUGAGAUGGGUUCUGGACAUGGCUGACUUGGACUUCAACCGUUCAUUACAUACAGUGCCUUGCGAAAGUAUUCGGCCCCCUUGAACUUUGCGACCUUUUGCCACAUUUCAGGCUUCAAACAUAAAGAUAUAAAACUGUAUUUUUUUGUGAAGAAUCAACAACAAGUGGGACACAAUCAUGAAGUGGAAUGACAUUUAUUGGAUAUUUCAAACUUUUUUAACAAAUCAAAAACAGAAAAAUUGGGCGUGCAAAAUUAUUCAGCCCCUUUACUUUCAGUGCAGCAAACUCUCUCCAGAAGUUCAGUGAGGAUCUCUGAAUGAUCCAGUGUUGACCUAAAUGACUAAUGAUGAUAAAUACAAUCCACCUGUGUGUAAUCAAGUCUCCGUAUAAAUGCACCGGCACUGUGAUAGUCUCAGAGGUCCGUUAAAAGCGCAGAGAGCAUCAUGAAGAACAAGGAACACACCAGGCAGGUCCGAGAUACUGUUGUGAAGAAGUUUAAAGCCGGAUUUGGAUACAAAAAUAUUUCCCAAGCUUUAAACAUCCCAAGGAGCACUGUGCAAGCGAUAAUAUUGAAAUGGAAGGAGUAUCAGACCACUGCAAAUCUACCAAGACCUGGCCGUCCCUCUAAACUUUCAGCUCAUACAAGGAGAAGACUGAUCAGAGAUGCAGCCAAGAGGCCCAUGAUCACUCUGGAUGAACUGCAGAGAUCUACAGCUGAGGUGGGAGACUCUGUCCAUAGGACAACAAUCAGUCGUAUAUUGCACAAAUCUGGCCUUUAUGGAAGAGUGGCAAGAAGAAAGCCAUUUCUUAAAGAUAUCCAUAAAAAGUGUUGUUUAAAGUUUGCCACAAGCCACCUGGGAGACACACCAAACAUGUGGAAGAAGGUUCUCUGGUCAGAUGAAACCAAAAUUGAACUUUUUGGCAACAAUGCAAAACGUUAUGUUUGGCGUAAAAGCAACACAGCUCAUCACCCCGAACACACCAUCCCCACUGUCAAACAUGGUGGUGGCAGCAUCAUGGUUUGGGCCUGCUUUUCUUCAGCAGGGACAGGGAAGAUGGUUAAAAUUGGGAAGAUGGAUGGAGCCAAAUACAGGACCAUUCUGGAAGAAAACCUGAUGGAGUCUGCAAAAGACCUGAGACUGGGACGGAGAUUUGUCUUCCAACAAGACAAUGAUCCAAAACAUAAAGCAAAAUCUACAAUGGAAUGGUUCAAAAAUAAACAUAUCCAGGUGUUAGAAUGGCCAAGUCAACAUCCAGACCUGAAUCCAAUCGAGAAUCUGUGGAAAGAACUGAAAACUGCUGUUCACAAAUGCUCUCCAUCCAACCUCACUGAGGUCGAGCUGUUUUGCAAGGAGGAAUGGGAAAACAUUUCAGUCUCUCGAUGUGGAAAAACUGAUAGAGACAUACCCCAAGCGACUUACAGCUGUAAUCGCAGCAAAAGGUGGCGCUACAAAGUAUUAACUUAACCUCUUCAGUCGACCCUCUACUUUUUUGAACAUUUUGUUAAAAAUCGCGCAACAUUUCAGCGCCCUGCUACUCAUGCCAGGAAUAUAGUACGUUCAUAUGGUUAGAAUGUGUGGAUAGGAAACCCUCGGACGUUUUUAAAACUGGUUAAAUCAGCUAUUACAUAACGUGCGUUACAUCGGAAAGCGCAGGAAAACCUGAUCACAGAAAAUGGAAAUAAAUAUCCUUGCGCCACUUCCAGCAUUUGUUAACAGUGAGCCGAAUUAGAUAAGACCGAGCAUUCAACUCCCACAGCAUCCCCAUGUUGUCUAGAGUCUUGUGAAUUGAAUCCUCUUUGAUUCUUGGUUGAACCGAAACAGGGGCACCACUUACCUCCGGUCUCCGCCCAGAUCAUUCCGGAAGAGCUCUCUCGUGAAAUUUUUUCCAAGACGACAGCUAAUGAUUUUGACAUCGCCUAUGGAUGAUUUUUAUCGCUUAUUAACGUUUACUAAUACCUAAAGUAGCAUUACAAACUUAUUUCGAAGUGUUUUGUGAAAGUUUAUCGUCUACUUUUUGAAUUUUAAAAAAUGACGUUACGUUGUGAAAUCGCUGUUUUUUUCGUUUAUCACACAGUCUACAUAUAACGAUAUCUUGGCUUUAUAUGGCCCGAUUUAAUCGAAAUAAAGACCCAAUAGUGUUUAUGGGACAUCUAGGAGUGCCAACAAAGAAGAUGGUGAAAGGUAAUGACUGUUUUCUAUUUUAUUGUGCGGUUUGUGUAACGCCGAAAUGCUAAUUAUUUUGUUUACGUCCCCUGCUGUGCUUUUCUGUUGUAGUGUAUUGGUGCAUGCUAUCAGAUAAUAGCUUCUCAUGCUGUCGCCGAAAAGCAUUUUAAAAAUCUGACUUGUUGCCUGGAUUCACAACGAGUGUAGCUUUAAUUUGAUACCCUGCAUGUGUAUUUUAAUGAACUUUUGAGUUUUAACUAAUACUAUUAGCAUUUAGCGUAGCGCAUUUGCAUUUCCAGAGCUCUAGUUGGGACGCAAGCGUCCCAAGUAGAGGCAAGAGGUUAAGGGGGCUGAAUAAUUUUGCACGCCCAAUUUUUCUGUUUUUGAUUUGUUAAAAAAGUUUGAAAUAUCCAAUAAAUGUCGUUCCACUUCAUGAUUGUGUCCCACUUGUUGUUGAUUCUUCACAAAAAAAAUACAGUUUUAUAUCUUUAUGUUUGAAGCCUGAAAUGUGGCAAAAGGUCGCAAAGUUCAAGGGGGCCGAAUACUUUCGCAAGGCACUGUAUGUAAUGAACUGUCUGCAUUAUCUGUAACAUUCAUGGUAAUCAUAUAUUUAUGUAAAUGUAUGAUAUGCACUUGUAUAGUUAGUUACCUGUGUAUUAAGAUGCUGUUGGCCUUUUUAGCUAUAUACAGUAUCUGUAAAAAGUUGGUUAUAAAGGGGUAAUAAGGGAUGACCACCUAAAGCAGGUUGUCUCUGAACCUGUAAGCACAGAGAAACACAGACUCCGGAUAUUAUCUAGCACAGGAGUUUUGUGUGAUGUUGAAUUGUUUGAAAUUAUGACUUGACAUUUUCAAAGACAUGCCUUACACGUCUGUCACUAGAACUGCACUGUAGAUCAUAUAUUAGUGAUGCUUUAGUUUAGAAUAUAUAUAUUAUUCCCUGGUAAUAAGGGAGAUAGGCCUACCCUAAAAUCAUAUUUUUCACAAAGGCUUUACUGUUAUUAGUAGUCCUUACUAGUUCAGGUAGCCACAUUAAUAGCACUCCGACACAACCGACAUAACUGUCAGUUUAUUUUUCAUAGAAAAGGGUAAUAUGCUGUAUUUCAUUGACAAAUGUAUGUUUCAUCGUCCAGUGUUGCGUGGCUAUCUUUUUUGUUUGUUUUCUUAAACAUUGUGCUUUAAAAAGUAUAAAAUGUAAAAGUGUGUUCAAAUAAUUUACUUUGCAUUAAAAUGUUCAGAUAUUA